GGGCCUCUUUGUUCCGGCGGCGGGUGCACGGCCCCCUCCCGUCGCCCCCAGAGUGUCACCCGCACCCACGCCGCGCGUUCCCUCCGCCUCGCGGAGUUCACCCAGACCAGGUGGCGGCGGGCGCCUUUUAGGGGUGCGCGGUCGUGCAAUUGGUGGAUUUUUUUUAAAGCGUUUUGGAGGGGGGAGCACGCCGUGGGGGGCGGCGAGCGCGCUCCUGGCUCUGGCUGCGGCUCCUGCUCCGUUUCUCCCUCUCCUGCUGCUUCGCUCCUCGCGCUCCGCGCUCCUCUGUCUCCCCGACGCCGCAGCCCGGAGCUGGGCAGCGCCGGGCGCAGAGAUGAAGGUGCUGGGGCACAAGCUCGAACUGCUGACAGGGCUCCUGCUCCACGACGUGACCAUGGCUGGGCUGCAGGAGCUGCGAUUCCCCGAGGAGAAGCCUCUGCUCCGGGGCCAGGACGCCGCGGAGCUGGAGAACUCUGACACCUUCCUCUUGGCCACGGACACCGACUGGAAGGAACAUGACAUUGAGACGCCUUACGGCCUUCUGCACGUAGUGAUCCGGGGCUCCCCCAAGGGGAACCGCCCGGCCAUCCUCACCUACCAUGAUGUGGGCCUCAACCACAAGCUGUGCUUCAACACCUUCUUCAACUUUGAGGACAUGCAGGAGAUCACCAAGCACUUUGUGGUGUGCCACGUGGAUGCUCCGGGCCAGCAGGUGGGGGCGUCGCAGUUUCCUCAGGGGUACCAGUUCCCUUCCAUGGAGCAGCUGGCUGCCAUGCUCCCCAGCGUGGUGCAGCACUUUGGGUUCAAGUACGUGAUUGGCAUUGGUGUGGGAGCCGGAGCCUAUGUGCUGGCCAAGUUUGCACUCAUCUUCCCCGACCUGGUGGAGGGGUUGGUGCUGAUAAACAUUGACCCCAAUGGCAAAGGCUGGAUCGACUGGGCCGCCACCAAGCUCUCUGGCCUUACCAGCACAUUACCUGACACGGUGCUAUCCCACCUCUUCAGCCAGGAGGAGCUGGUGAGCAGCACGGAGCUGGUGCAGAGCUACCGGCAGCAGAUCGGGAACGUGGUGAACCAGGCCAACCUGCAGCUUUUCUGGAACAUGUACAACAGCCGCAGAGACCUGGACAUUAACCGGCCUGGAACGGUGCCCAAUGCCAAGACGCUCCGCUGCCCUGUGAUGCUGGUAGUUGGAGAUAACGCACCUGCUGAGGAUGGGGUGGUUGAGUGCAAUUCCAAACUGGACCCAACCACCACGACCUUCCUGAAGAUGGCAGAUUCCGGGGGGCUCCCCCAGGUCACACAGCCUGGGAAGCUGACGGAAGCCUUCAAAUACUUCCUGCAAGGCAUGGGCUACACCGGGGACACCCAAAGACCUGCCAGGGCGUCUCCACCUAAGUUUUGCAUACUUGAAGGACCGAAGGCUGAGUGGAGGAGCAGUGCCCUCAGCCAGCAUGACCCGUCUUGCCCGCUCUCGCACCGCAUCCCUCACCAGUGCCAGCUCGGUGGAUGGCAGCCGCCCGCAGGCCUGUACCCACUCGGAGAGCAGCGAGGGGCUGGGCCAGGUCAACCACACCAUGGAGGUGUCCUGUUGAAGCCCUGGGUCCCCUGAAGACGCCCACGUGCCCCUGCCCGCAUCGACGUCCCACUGCCAUCCUCGCACCGGCUCCUUUUUCCCUUUAGUUUAUUUUUGUGAGGGUGAAGGGGAGGAAAUGGGGUUGCUUCUCUUUUGUUUAAAAAGAUGAGGGGAUCCAUUUGAAACGCUGCAGAAGUCUCCAGAAGGUUUGAGGGGCUCAUUCUUGCCCACCCCGACCUCACUCACUUGUUAACUUGGCUCACUUAGCCCCCUCUCUUCCAAUUCCCCACCGUCCAGGCACAGUCAGGGCGAAGGGGAUGAGCUAAGGAAAGACUUGGAGUCCUUCUCUGGCCAGGGUCCAGGGUAAUAUCCUGGAUUAAAGAAAGAGCAUGGGAUGAUGACCUCCUUGAUUGAAGAGCAUGGGAUGGGAUUUUGAGGCGGUGGCUGCAGGGACAGCAGGAGCAUGGGGUCCAGCUCAGGCACUGACGUGAGAAUCAGGAGACAGCAGCAGGGAGCACUGGGAGGUGAGGAACCCUGGAGCUCUGCAGGCCCCUUUCCUGCAGCCCCUCCACUAAGCACAUCUGUUUCAGUCUUGUAGCACAUGUGACAAUCAUCUGAGCAGUAGCCACAAGGGGGCGCUCCUACCAAGCAGCUGUUUUGCUGGUGCUCUCAGGCAGGCAGGGGCUGAAGCCCGCGGUUUCUGUCCAAGAAAAACAGAACAUGAAAGACAUUGAGGGCAGAAACCCCACGCACUCUUUCAGCCCACACACUCCACCACCUUCCAGCCCUGUCGCAUUUCUGAGCCAAGGCCCUGAAGCAGAAAGUCUGGUUCUCCAUCUCCAUAGGGACCUGACUUGCAGGCUGAGGUUCAAGGCUGGGAUAGCCAGUGAGGAUUGAGUGCACCCCUAAGAGAACUUGGUGUUUGUCUGCCUUUGGGAGCCAGCAUGUGGCCAGAGGCAGCAGUGAUGAAAGUCCCGAUAGGCCCUUUUUUUGCCCCCAGGUUCCAUGGAGGGCAACCUGAUCAGCAGUACGGCCAAAGCCACCAGAAACAUGGUGUUUCUAGGGAGAGUUAUAGUCAAGUUAUGCCAGCGUUUCACGUAGGCAUCACUAAGGAACGUUUAUUUGGAGAGAAAUGGUCCAAGGUAGCAAGACUUCCGCGGGCCCCAUCACUGUCUCAGCCUAUUUGAGUGGGCUUUGGCCGAGGCUUGCUGGAUCCUGGGGUGGGAGGUGAAGACUCCUGAAGUGAACAAGGGCCAGGCAGAGGAGAAAGGCUCCUCACACGCCCCAGCCACCUAAAUCCCAGGACUGUGCCACAUGCUUCCUUUCCACUUACCUUAUCAGGUAGACUCUCCUGGCGCAGACACCAGAAGCCAUUUGUCUCAGAGCCUCAAUCAACUGCUCCAAACCCCAAAACGAGUAAAAGGAAGGGAGAGAGUUAUGAAAAAUGCAGGGCUGGGGAAGUGUGUGUGGGGGGGUGCUUUGAGGCUGAGAGGACACCUGCACCCACAUUUCCUCUGCACAUAUCACCACCCCCUUCUAUAAUCUUAAGCCAUUACGAGACUGAUCUAGAGCCUGGUGGAGUGUUAUUCUGUCCCCAGUUUCUAUUCACUCACGUGCUUCCUUUGAAUAUCAAAUGUGACUGAAAAGCUGGUAGAAUUAAUCCCUCGUACUGUAGAUAGCACUGCAAGUCUUGGACAUUUUUUUUUUGCUGUGUUCUUUCAGAUGAGAUAUCUAUUAAUAUCUAUACAUUAAUAUGUAUAUUGGGUCCUCCUGCGUGUGGUUGUCCAUUGGAGGUUGUCUCUUUAGUCAAAGUGAACUUUUAAUGGAAUUUAUUAUUUUCCUCUCUGUACAGAGUGAAGACACUAAUUUUGUGUAUUCUAGUGGCUAAUGUCAUGAGACUUGGAAAUGACAAAACGAAAAAAAAAAAACCUUGUCAAUGUAGAAAGAGUUAACUGUGCUGAAAAACUAAUAAAGAAACUAAGAAGAA